CUCCAACAUAUGUUAUCUUUCAUCAUAGAACUCGUUCCUAACCACUUGAGCAAGUGGUUGUUAGAGACCCUAGGGAAUACGAUUAGGAAUGAUCUCAUACCCGGACUUAGGAGCUGCAAGGAAGCAUAAGCAUUCAGACUACUUGCUAGGACACAGUUAUUGCUCGAGAUGUCAUCAUCACAAGGGUUACUAAAUUACAUAAGCUUCCAAGUGGGAUUCUUCAAUUAUGAACUUUUAUUAGUAGGUUUGAGUAGGGCGGGUGGGUAAAAUAGUCGCGGCGUUUGAGGGAGGGAUGGCUGUUGAGCCUGUUGGGGGAGAUGCUCCAGUUCAUAGGGCAUUGGUGUCGCCCACUACUGUGCCUACAGGUGAUAAUCAGAAGCUGUGCGGGGAGGCCUCGGCCGUGCUGAACGAGUAUGGGUCGAACUUGUUGGACCCUAACUUUGGGAACCGGAAAAGACCGCUGGGAAUGAUGGAUGGGGGUGGAGGAAAUCCUCCUACUCCGAAAAAGAAAUUUGUGGAGAUGAAUGAUAGUAAAGAGAAGGUGGAGGUAGCCAGCCUGGAAUGGCCCCAGGGUGAUAAAUGAGGCUUCUGGCCUGGAAUGUGAGGGGAAUUGGACCAUCCCUCACAUUCCAAACUGCUGUAGGUUUGAUCCAGUCCAAUAAAUCGGACCUUGUGUUCUUCUCGGAGACACGUUUGUGCCGGAGAGUAGUGACCCGCCUUAUGCGGGGGUUAGGUUUUCAGCAUUCCCAUUGUUUCUUUGUUGAUGCGAUUGAUGCAUUUGGUGGUUUAGUAGCAGCUUGGUCCCCCGGAGUUGACGCUUCGGUGUUUUUUCAUUCUAGCUUCUGUAUUUGCAUUCAAAUUAAUGAAGUUGAUUUUUCGUA